CUCGCAACCACAAACCAUGUCCGCACAACCCACUACACCUGCAGCCGAAAACGUCAAAUACGGCGUCUACUGGUAUCAAGAUCUCGCCGAUCUCACGGGAAAGGACGCUCUACUGAUCGGCACUUUCGACACCGAGCGGGAGGUUUAUACGUUUACGACUCAGCAUGCUGCCAAUGAGAUCGGCAAACAUCCGGAAUGGGGUAGCUCGCACGAGAUCGAACGACCCGGACUUCUCGAGAUCGUCGGAGCUGACAAGAGCGUUAAGUUGCGAUACGACUAUUGCAAGGUCAUUGAUGAUGGGGCUGGAAGCUAUCAGCGAGAGCUACCCCGCGUUGUUGUUUCCCCCAGCGAGCAGGACGAGGACUCUACGACUGUGGGCAGUGAGAAGUCGACGGAAGGAGGAAGUGAAGGUGAAAGGUCGAUGACGGAGCCCAGCGACGAGGCGCCAGCAACUCCUAAAUCCAGCGGCAUCCGUUACGCGCUCUACGUGAGUCGCAAUCUAGAUGAUCCUGCGGCAAAAGUGACCAAACUCCUGAACAUGGACACAUCCAUCGGCGAAGCUCGCAGCAACAUGCAGGUCAUUGCCGGCGGUGAAAUAGCCACUCGAAAUAAAGAGGGUACGAAAGUUCACUGCCGGCUUGAACAGAAGCGCCUUCAGAUCUUCGAAGUCAUGAGCGGCCAACCGGUCUUGGAGUAUACUAUCCAUGAGGGCCGAGUGUUGGGUGACCGGUUCAUCCGUGAAGAGGACUGGCAAAAUGGGGUUCGCGAGGGUGACAAGAUGGCAUUUCCAAGGAUGUUGACACCUCCACCGGAAGAGCUAAAGGAGGAAGAAGCCACUAGCAACCAACGGCGGUCGUCCCGAAAGCGAAAGGCCGCCGCCGACGAGGACAGCGAAGACGAUGAAGACGGCGAAGAUGGGGAAGCCGUGACGAUGGAUGACCCAGACGGCUCAGCCAAUGAUGACGUGGUUGAGCAGGAGGUCUUCUGCCGGUGCAAGCAACCCUGGGCCGGAGUCGGUACCAUGGUGGAAUGCGCGAACAGGUCAAAGAAGAAGUGUCCAAAUAAUAGGUGGGUCCACUUGGGAUGCGUCGGUUUGAAGAAUGUCCCGACACAAAAGAACUGGCGUUGUCCAGAGUGCCGUCCCAACAAGAGGAGGAGGAAGUCAGGUCGAUGAACUUAAGCCCUUUGGCACGAUGACACUGCAAUACCUAGCACAGCGGACUUGGAUAGAGCCAAGCGUUUGGAGGGCGCUUGAAUGCUGGAAAGGAUAGGACAGCAUGGAUAGAAAAGCG